AUGAAACGUUAUUCCAUACUCAUCAUCACUUUGACUGCGAUUCUAUUCUGGAUCAAUUCAUGUCAAGCGCAAACUUUGACCGAGACUGUUCCUCCCUCUGGACCAACAGUUGUCGUGAUUUUCACCUCAUCAAAUGGAGGAGAUCCGGUUCUCACUACAAUCGCGACAUUGUCAGGCCUGCCCCCCACAUCGUCAAAGAAAUCGACUACUGGUAUCGCUGCCACCACAGCCUCCGGUAAUAAAUCGUCGACUCUCGCUACCAACAACUCUGAUGACUCGGACCCUUCAACUCACCAUAUUCCAUCCCCAGUUGCUAUGAUUGCUGGAUCACUAGCAGGAUUCAUUGCCAUUCUGGCAGCGAUUCUCGUUGUUUGUGUAACCCGAAAGCGACACAAUGGGAAACGGCGCCGCCGCCGUGCUUCGAUUAUACGAGCAUUAGAAGCACAGCACGCACACUCCGGAGAGAAUUUAGAUAGAGAUGGGUAUGCUAUCUCGGAAUCAGGGUCUAUGUCAGAAGAGCAUUCUACAUCGAGAAGGCCGCCAUCGACAAGAAAUUCAACUCGCGAGUCCGCAAGAUCUGGGAAGAAGAAAAGCAGUACACGAAGCUCAGGAAAGCAUACGGCACAUGUGCAUGUCUCUCCUUCUGGCGACGUAGAGUUGAACCGGAGAGACACCGGUGGAGGAAGAUCAUUGACGCAUGCUCAGGAAGAACGCCCUCGUAUAACCAGCACAUCUAGUCCAGCAACAAGUUCAAAUUUGACCAAUACCACGAGCACAGCAGCAGCAACAGUGGGAACGUCUCCAAGUCUGUCGCUUGACAGCAAGCAAAAAUUUGUUUCGAACGACGUAUCUGCCCACGGUCACAGACCUCAUUGGAAUACACAGUCCCCUGAUCACCUACGACGCCAUUCAUCCAACGCCUACACGCCACCGUCACCUGCCUUGGGCUUGAACAGCCCACAUCAACUUACACGGCCAUCUCUUUCAUUACCGACCGUCAAUAAGUCGGAGGCAGAUCUGCCACCCGCCUACGAGGACAUCCGGUAG